UAUUCCCCCUUUUCAAGAUGGGAGUACUCGCAGGUCUGGGCCUGGUGUUGGUGGUCGUGGCCAGUGUUGCUGGUGUUCCAACUGGACGAGUGCAGGACCAGAACGGACCCGCCUUUCGGUGGUGCGUUCCCAAGGAACUUCUCGACGACUGUACCCGUUUAACGGUUGUCGCUCUGGUGCCGAUUGGGUGUGUUGCCGGAAUCGAUCGCAUCGACUGUCUGCGUAAGGUCCAGAAUCGUCAGGCGGACUUCGUGCUGGCGGAUCCCGAAGACGCGUACGUGGCGUCACACUUCAACAACCAGGAUUUUGUCGUCUUUAGUGAGGUGCGUUCGGCUGAAGAACCUACAGCUCCGUUCCGGUAUGAGGGGAUCAUGUUGGUGCGUGUGGCUGACGGCUUCACCAGUCUGGCGGACCUGAGAGGCAAGCGUUCGUGUCAUACCGGCUUCGGUCGGAACGUGGGCUACAAAAUCCCUGUCGCGCGGCUUUUGCGAGCUGGCAUCUUGAAGCUGCCAGUCGGUGAUGACGCAUUGUCACCGGUAGAGCGUGAGCUUGCAGGACUCUCGGAGCUGUUCAGUGCAUCCUGUCUACCGGGAACGUACUCCACCGAUGCCGGAGUUGAGAGCCUACUGAAAGAUCGCUAUUCCAGCCUGUGCCAACGUUGCUCUAACCCGCAACAGUGCGCCAAGGACGACAAAUACGCUGGGUAUGGUGGAGCGAUUCGGUGUCUUGUAGAGAAUGGUGGCGAUGUCGCCUUUACCAAGACCAUCUUCGUGCGGAAGUACUUCGGUCUACCAGUAACGCCCGGUGGUACUGCCGCUCCAGCACUUAAUCCAGACGCACGAGCUGCUGACUACGCAUAUCUGUGUGAGGAUGGCACGACUCGACCGAUUGCCGAUGGAACACCGGUUUGCUCGUGGGCUCAACGCCCUUGGCAGGUGUUGCUCGGCAACGGUGACCUCUCCGGAGAUGCCGUUCGUGAGCUGCAAGCUUUCGGUCAGCGUCUUCACCGUCUCUGGACAGACGCUAAGGUGUCUGACGAAGACCGUGCAGCAGCCAAACGCCUCGGGAUCGAAGCCAACGCACCACUAUUUGACCGACCAGAGACGGUGGCCCCACGAGACUACCUGGCACGUGCCCACUACGAUGAAGUGAUCGAACGCGAGGGGCGCUACAGCAACGUGCUGCGAGUAUGCGUGGCGUCCGAAGCCGAACGGCAGAAAUGCGAGGUACUGCGCCAGGCCGCGUACUCUCGGGACAUUCGACCGGCUCUGCAGUGUGUUCUGCGAGGAGAUGACGCGUGUGUUGCAGCAGUCCGUGAUGGCUCAGAUGCUGACGCAACAGUACUGCGACAACCAAGCGUACUUCUGACGCCUGUCAUGUGGGAAACGUUUGGAGAUUCGGAACAUCACGGAGAUCGUGCCGCCAUCUACGUUCGCAACGACGUAAACGAUGCGUUGAAGGACAGCAUCGUGCACGCGUUUACCGGCAUUUCGGAUGCGUUCGGACGCGGUAAAUCGAAGGAGCAGGUGUUCCGCUUGUUCGGUCCGUUCCGGUUGCAGAAUGGCGAACAGCAAUCAAAUCUUCUGUUCCACGAUGACGGAACUGGGCUGACAAUCAACAAACAGUCGUGAACGGGUAAUUUGCGUGACUGAUUCGGUUGCAGGUGCGGUUUGAUUUGGUGAUUUGAGCUUGAGUUGAAAUAAAUCGAUAGUUAGCAGC